CGAGAGACUGAAGAGAACCUUCUGUUAAGCUGUCUUCCAGAAGGAAAGUAGUAUUCCAUCCAUUCCGGGUGAUGACGCAUAUAGUGGCGGCUGAACUGGGUCUACUUGCCGUCCCCUGGGCAUUUCACUGGUGGCUAAAAUAGCAGUUUGAACAGUUUCUCCCUGCUUGUCAGUUAGCACUCGGGCAGGCCUCAGGGUCACAGUGGGGGCUUAUCCGACACCUUCGGGCCUGCGGACUCCUCACUACUCGACUGUGUGCUCCGUCCAAGCUUCAAGUGAGUGUAUCGGUGCAUCCCCCGAGAUGGCUGCACUCUUACUUGAUGACACUGAGGACCAGAUGUCCAUCACUACAUCAAGGGGUGGGUUGACAUGUUCUGAUGAUAGUCUGAACCCGCUACCGCCCUCCGGGGAUUGUGAGUGAGGUCUCGGACCUGGAAUCAGACAUGUUGGCCACGCUAUCCUGGGCUGCUUCGGUGGUGGGACUGGAGAUGGCUUGUCCCCCAGUUCCACCACCAAUUAGACUGGUGUUAUGUGGGGGAGAAGAAGAGUGUCAAACCCUCAUCCCCUUCUUUCGAGAGAUGCACAGUGAGCUCACGCAGACAUGAAGGGCACCUUUUUCUGCCUGGUCCUCAUGCGCUUCCAACCUCACCACCCUUGAUGGCGGAGCAGCCAGGGGGUACGAAGCGAUUCCCCAGGAGGAGAUUGCUAUUUUGGUCAAUCUUUGCCCGCAAGGCGCCGCCAGCUGGAGUGGUCUGCCUAGACUCCUGUCCAAGGCAUGUAAACUAUCUGAGUUUCUCAUGGCCAAAUCUACUCAGCUGUGGGCCAGGCCACCUCUGCCUUGCAUGCUAUAGCCACUUAUCAAUGCUUCCAGGCGCAGAAGCUGGCUGAGCUGCAUGAGGGUGGUUCCUCUCGAGGCUUAAUGCUUAAUACUAUCUCAUGACCACCAAGUCGGCCGUUCCUGCCCUGGGGAGGACGAUGGCACCACUAGUGGUCCAGGUACACCUCUGGCUUAACCUGGCUGAUAUGUAAAACGUUAACAAAUUUUGCUUUCUUAAUGCACCCAUUUCCCAGUCAGGCCUAUUCGGUGACACCGUCUGAGACUUUACCCAGGAGUUCUUGGCAGUGAAGUGUGAUGGGUCAUCCAUCAGCAGGCUCAGAAAACUGCUCUUCUCGCCACCCCAUCCACAUCCCCCCACUGCUGAGGGAGCCCACCUGUGGCACCAAGACCUGAUCCGCCUCCGCAGCCUGCUCCACUGGCUAAGCGACAACGACAAGCCCCCCCAGGCUGGAGAUACUCCCGCCUCAGGGUGCUGUUAAUUCUGGUAAGAAGACUGCGAAGCGUCCUUGAGAUGGGGCACCCAUGGAAGAGGGGAGCUGCUCUUUUCCCGGUGGAGAGCUGGGACCAACAUCAACAACAAAAACAUCUCACUGCUGGCCUCCGGACCGGUUGUAACCACAUUUUCAAUAAAAAAGCAAUUUUCUUUCUCUCAGGGUAUGCAAGUCCAAGCCCUGCCAGUCUGUGAUGCGCCGCCUUUCAGCUCACAGUGCCGGUGCAUAUUGCCACAGGCUCCAAGGGUGCAAGAGGACAGACAACUUUUUCUCUCUCCUCCAGCCUAUUCGCAGGAUCCAGGGAGGUAGUGAGGUGAUUGCUGCAGAGUCAGUGGCAUGUCUGAAUAAAGCUCUCUGCCAUUUGAAAGACAUUUGGGAGGAGAUUGGCAUCCCUGAGGAUCAGCGGUUAGAAAGAACAAAUGUGGUUAAGAAUCAUGUCAAAGGUCUUCUGGACAUGAUGAUUUCAGAGGAAGAGAGCCUACGGAAACGUCUAAUGACCAGUAUUGAGAAAUGCCACAAAGAGCUGAGUAAAUUGUGCUUGGAACUGCAGAGUCCUCCAUUUCAGGAGGAGAAAAGUGGCACUAUGCUUCAGCGGGAAAAAGAACUCCGGACCCACGUUGAAGUGAUGUUAAAAGAGAAAAAUCAGAGAAUGCAAGCACUGAAAGCAUUAACCGAGCAGGAUCAGGAUCUCUGUGACCUUCUCUGCUCGCAGCCGUUUUCUAUCUCUCCUGGUUGUGUUCCAUCUAUGGAGCAGCUGGAGAACUUUCAUCAGCACAUCUCCUGCCUCACUGCUGAGAAAGACCGAAGACAUAAGGAAUUUGUCACGUUGAAGAAGCAGAUAAUACUUUGCAUGGAUGAUCUGGAUCAAUUGCCUGAGACUAGUUUUGAAAAGGAUGUGGUUUGUGAAGAUGAAGAGAGUUUUUGCCUGUCUAAAGAAAACAUUGAUUCACUCAAAGUCCUCCUUCAGCAGUUGGAGAGCAGGAAGGCCGAGAAUGAACGUGUCUGUGGCUCUUAUCGAGAGACGAUCCUGGAGUUGUGGGAAAGGUUACAGAUUCCACAAGAAGAGCGUGAUGUCAUUUCUGAACACAUGACCCUGUCAAAGAAGAGGAAUAUGGAAGCUUUACAAGCUGAGGUCAAACGUCUUGAGGAACUGAAGCUUAAAAACAUGCAGAAUGUUACGGAGACCAUUCGGAAGGAGAUCGGGGUAUACUGGGAAAAAUGCUUUUAUAGCGCUGACCAGCGACAAGCUUUUGUGCCCUAUUAUGAUGAUGAUUUCAGUGAGGAACUCCUGAGCCUACAUGAUGCAGAAAUUGUGCAGCUUAAACAGUACUAUGAGGAUCAUAAAGAACUUUUUGAAGGUGUUCACAAGUGGGAGGAGAACUGGAGACUUUUCAUAGAGCUUGAGGAAAGAGCCAAAGAUCCAUCCAGAUUCACCAACAGAGGAGGAAACCUUCUAAAAGAGGAGAAACAAAGGGCUGACAUUGUCAAAGGUCUCCCUAAGCUUGAGAAGAAGCUGAAGGCUGAGAUUGAGCAGUGGGAACUUGAACAGAACAGAGAGUUCCAGGUAAACGGUCAGAAGUUCAUGCAGUUUGUUAGUGAUCAGUGGGAGUUGUACCGGCUUGAGAAGGAGCGGGAAAAACAGGAGCGGCAACUAAAGAAGAGCAAGCAGACAGAGGAGGACAUGGUCUAUGGCACUGUGAUCCGCACACCGACUAAACGAAGAUUUCUGGGCAGCACAACACCUUGUAAAGCUCGAAAGCUAAACGCUACCUCAAGUACUGGCACCUCUAACAGCACUAUUCGAUCUGUCAUUGGUGGUACCGUCUGUCAUUCUCCUAUAUCACGCCCUCCGAUUUCAGCAAUCAAGCAGGGUAAUGGGGUAAAGACUCCAGGCCACAGCAAACCUCCUCAUCAAGGUUUACUAGAACGCAAUAAGGAGAAUAUCUGCCAUCUAACCGGUGGUGUUGCCGGGAUGACGAAGGUACCAGCUAGUCCACAUCGAAACUUCAGCAUUAACUCUGUCGCAAGCACCUAUUCAGAAUUUCAGCGAGACCUCUCCAAGUCAUCUAAAUCAAAUCAUGUGCCUGAAAUCCUCAACUCAACCAUCAUUCAGCUUUAACUCCAUUGCAUGCAACGCUUUGCGCUAUCAGGACCAGGAUCUUUACAUGAUGGUUUGUGGGUUCUUGCUCUUUAUUGCAAUAGCUAUGCAUUUUAUAUGUAAAUGAAGGUAAUCUAUAUUUAAACGUUUUGGAGGCAUUCUACAUGUAUGUUGACUUUAACACUUGGACAAACACUGCUUUAUGUGUACUUCUAAUUUAACAAAUGAAUGUCCAUUUUAAUGUUACAUCUGGUCAGCUGUCCCAAACUAAAUAAGAUUUUUUUUAAAAGAAAUACUCUAGAGCUCUUUCUCAGUGUUAGCUACUUUCUCAAAAUCACAGGAUGUUUUUGAAUGUUUUGCACAAUGUAAAAAAAUCUUUAUUGUAUUCUAUAUGCCAUUGUACAAGUCACUAUAUAAAGGUUCACUUUUAAACAA